AUGUCAAAGUCAUCAAGGUCCAAGAAGAAGAAGCUCGAGAAAGAAGCAAAGGCAGCAUUACAACAGAUAGCAGCCCCUAAGGAGGAAGCUACCACACCCAGAUCAAUCGAGGGUCCUCGCAGACGCGCCAGUCCUUCUGUGUCUCCCUGUCAGUCACCGAGCAAUUCACCGGACAAGGAGACUCUCAAGGAGGACUUCAAGUGGGCUCCGCCGGUCUGGGAGGUUCUGGCAGGGAUGCAUGAUGGACCAGGAUUUGAGUGGCACAGCAAAGAAGAGUUCACUGAAGGACUGAAGGCCUUGCAGAGGAAAUGGCGCAUCAAGCAAGGCCUUCCCCGUGACAGAUCCAACGACGAAGAAGAGAAGCUGCGGCAGCCAGAGCCGACAGGGACACUGCAGCAGCAGAAGCAGCCAGGGCCACAGCAAUCACAACCAUCCAAGCUGCCUGAGCCAGCUAAGCCAUGUGGUCACCAUGGGCAACAGCCGCCUCCAGACAGCCCUCUCUACGAGCAUGUGAAGGCGGUGUUUGCAGCUGCUGUCUACCAUGUGUCAAACGGUGACAUGCAUGAGGCAGAAGAUAUUUUGAGGCCGCUGUUUGAUGUUGAGGACCUGCACAAUGCUUACCUGCAGAUAUUCAUGGUGUCCAAAAUGUUCAUGAUGACGGGCCAUGAUCUGCUGGAGAAGGACGAGUAUGAAGAUGCAAGGGGUUGCUACUCCUUCAGCCUGGAGGUGUACCCUGACAACACAGAAGCACGUAGUGCCUUGGCCUUUGCAGAGCUGCGGCUGGGCAACUACGUGGAGGUGAUCGAGCACUGCAGUAUUGUUCUCAAGUCCCAGGCAGAGAGUCUGCACAGAGAAGCUUUGAAGUGGCGGGGCGUGGCAUUCUACAAUCUGGGGCGGCAGAGAGAGGCAUGGAACGAUCUGGCAGAGUGCAUGGGUGGCGCGCGGCCCUCUGUCAGGCAGCGGCUCGCCUCUCCCAAUGGAUUUGCCCUGUUCCGCCUCAAGCUCAAUCCCGAGGUGUUUGGCGAUGAUCUGAAGCUACAGGAGUCAAACCACAUUACGGCAUCCAUGGCAGCACUGCUCACGCAUGCAGAACAGUUGUCAGCCGCUCAGUCAGGCUCCCAACCAGUCUUCAUCUCUGGACAAGGCCAGACAAGUGAUGCAGCAUUCAAAAGCAUGCCAGCAGCUGAGAGGCACCUGCAGCGGGACUUGCAACCUGCAGAUAUCCCUGAGAAGACGCAGCAGAGCAUGGCUGAAAGAGUGGACGAAGAGUCCAGCAGAGCAAUUAAGAUUCUGCUUGACAUGUACCCAUCAGCCAAGUCAGCACAGCCAGGAGCCCAGUGCUGCACGCUGGGAAAUUCAAAUUAUGUGCACACGCAGCAGGAUCACAGCCGGGAGCCGGCGAUAGUCCGUGAACAAUCCACUCCCGAGGAGCUGAAGGGGAUGGUUGGAGGGGGGCGUGGUUGA